AUGUAUUAUCAUUCUAAAGUUAUUCAAAAAGUAAUUUUUGUUAUAUUUAUCUUAUUUUCUUUUCAACAAUUUGAAAUCUAUGCAGUUACAACUAAUAUUGACGAUAUAUCUGGUGAUUUGGAACAUAUUCGUGUGCAACAACGUAUGCCUGGUUUGUCUGCAUUAGCCUUGAAAAAUGGUAAAAUCGUAGGACAAGGAGCAGCUGGAUAUCGUCGACAAGAUUAUCCUGCUCCUCUUCUAAUAUCUGACCCUGUUAAUAUUGGUUCAUGUUCUAAAUGGAUGACAGCCACGUUAGCUGGUCGUUUAGUCGAUCGAAAACUUCUGUCAUGGUCUACUCAAGUUCAUGAAUGUUUCCCAAAUUAUGAGACUUUCAAUAGUGCUUUUCGAAAUGCUACUUUAGAGCAAUUAUUAGCACAUCGUGCUGGUGUUCAACAAACUACAACAUUUUAUAAGUAUCAUAUUUUAGCUUUUGUUUAUCAACAAGGUAAUAUUAGUCAAAUUCGACGAUGGGUUGUUGAAACUGUUCUAAAAGAUACACCUGAAGUACAACCUGGCGAAUUUCUCUAUUCUAAUCCAGGUUAUACAGUUGCAGCUGUUAUGAUGGAACAAGUAACGGGUCAAGAUUGGGAAUCAUUAAUCUAUGAACAUAUUUUUAUUCCAUUGGAAAUGACUAGUGCUAGAAUUGGUCCAGUUUAUGAUGAAAGUCUUCUUCCUAAAGCACCUAUCGGUCACGAAUUACCUGUUAAUUAUACAAAACCUAUUCCACGUCCAAUGCUUCAUCCACAAAUACUUCAUGUUGAAUAUGCAUUGUCAGCUCCUUCUGGUUUCGUUGCUUGUACACUUCAUGAUUGGACUAAAUUUUUAUACGCACACAUAAUAGCUGAAAAUACUGGAUAUUUAAGUAAAGACACAGCAGUUAAAUUAAAACGCCCUUAUCAAGGUGUUGACGGUUAUGGCCUCGGAGUUACAGUACAUAAUUUGGCAUGGGCUUUACCUGGUCAAGUAUUAGUACAUGAUGGAGAUGCUUUUGGACACAGUACCGUAUUUUUAAUGGCACCUGCUAAAGAUCUAAUUAUUGUUGCUUUCACAAACAGUCGCUCAGACGAGGGUUAUGCCGGAAAGGCUUUAGAUGGUGCUAUUUAUGCUUUUCUGGCAAAAUAUGUUGAUGAUGUAAAGAAAAGCAAAUUAUUAGAUUAUGAUUUUAUCGAUCUUAAUCACUUGUGA